AUGUUAGCCAGGAAAGCCUCGGCGAGCGCGGCUGCGGGAGCUGCCUACCCGGCGGGCAGGGGAGGGGAAAGUGGCCGCCAGCUGCAGUCUUCCCCGGGCAUCGGAGCCGGGGGAUCCCGGACGGGAGCUGGGACCGGCCCGCCAUCACCCAUCGCCUUGCCGCCGCUUAGGUCCAGCAACACCGCCCACACGGUUGGAGGCAAUAAGCACACAAUGAAUGAGCACCUGCACGUUGGUAGCCACGGACAGAUUCAGGUUCAACAGCUGUUUGAAGAUAAUAGCAACAAGAGGACAGUUCUAACAACACAACCAAAUGGGCUUGCAGCAGUAAGCAAAUCUGGAUUGUCAGUGGUGCCGGACAGACAGAUAGACAGUGCUCAUAGACGACAGGGGAGCUCCAGUUCUUUAAAAUCGACAGAUGGAACAGGGAAGGUGAAAGCCUCCUUUAUGACACCAGAGCAAGCAAUGAAGCAAUAUAUGCAAAAACUAACAACCUUUGAGCAUCAUGAAAUUUUCAAUUACCCUGAAAUAUACUUUUUGGGUCCAAAUGCAAAGAAGCGGCCAGGUGUGAUUGGAGGUCCAAACAAUUCCGGUUAUGAUGAUGACCAGGGGUCUUACGUGCAAGUACCCCAUGAUCAUAUUGCAUACAGGUAUGAGGUCCUGAAAGUAAUAGGGAAAGGAAGUUUUGGGCAAGUUGUGAAGGCUUAUGAUCACAAGACCCAUCAACAUGUGGCAUUAAAAAUGGUGAGAAAUGAAAAACGUUUCCACCGCCAAGCUGCAGAAGAAAUUAGAAUUCUGGAGCACCUAAGGAAACAGGAUAAGGAUAACAACAUGAAUGUUAUUCACAUGCUGGAAAACUUUACAUUCCGCAGCCAUAUCUGCAUGACAUUUGAGUUGCUGAGCAUGAACCUUUACGAACUAAUAAAGAAAAACAAAUUUCAGGGCUUCAGCCUGCCAUUGGUCCGUAAGUUUGCCCACUCUAUUUUACAGUGCUUAGAUGCUUUGCACAAAAAUAGAAUCAUUCACUGUGACCUUAAACCGGAGAACAUUCUGUUGAAGCAACAGGGUAGAAGUGGUAUUAAAGUUAUUGAUUUUGGCUCUAGUUGUUAUGAGCAUCAACGUGUCUAUACUUACAUUCAGUCACGUUUCUACCGUGCUCCGGAAGUGAUCCUGGGUGCUCGUUAUGGGAUGCCUAUCGAUAUGUGGAGCUUGGGCUGCAUUCUAGCAGAGCUUUUAACAGGUUACCCGCUCUUACCUGGAGAAGAUGAAGGGGACCAACUGGCUUGUAUGAUAGAGCUACUGGGCAUGCCCUCCCAAAAACUACUGGAUUCAUCCAAACGAGCCAAAAAUUUUGUGAGCUCUAAAGGUUAUCCCCGUUAUUGUACCAUUACCACGUUGUCUGAUGGUUCUAUAAUACUCAAUGGUGGCCGCUCCCGAAGGGGAAAAUUGCGUGGCCCACCAGAGAGCCGAGAGUGGGGGAACGCAUUAAAGGGAUGUGAUGAUCCCCUCUUCCUUGACUUCUUAAAACAGUGUUUAGAGUGGGAUCCUGCUAUACGUAUGACACCCAGCCAGGCUUUACGGCAUCCCUGGCUUAGGAGACGUUUGCCAAAGCCUCCAACUGGAGAGAAGACAUCGGCAAAACGAAUAACAGAAAGCACUGGUGCUAUAACGUCAAUUUCCAAGUUACCUCCAACAUCAAGCUCGGCUUCAAAACUUAGGACUAAUUUGGCACAGAUGACAGAUGCCAAUGGGAAUAUUCAGCAGAGAACAGUGUUGCCAAAACUCGUUAGCUGAGUUUGAAUAACCCAAUGCUGGUCAUACGAGAAUUCUACAUUGCUGAGCCUUAUUCGUAAGAAAAAGUAGCUCAGAUUUUUAUUUGCUCAAUAACUUUAUUCAUUUGUAUCUUUUCAGCACUCAUUUUAAAUGUAAGAAAUGUUGAUUUUGUUUUUAUAAAAAUAUGGGGACAAUGC